CAACGCGCGGAACCUGGGAAUGAUAUUAAAGAUGGCGGAAAUAUUGUGAAUUAUUAAUGUUUGGGAAUUGACGGGGGCAAUGGACUCCAAGGAGGUCGUCAUAAGAAUCUGUGAUCUGAACCCUCACGUGGUGUGUAGUCUUUGUGCCGGAUACUUUGUUGAUGCUACAACUAUUACUGAAUGUCUCCACACAUUUUGCAAGAGCUGUAUUGUGAAAUAUUUCCAAACCAGCAAGAAUUGUCCAAUGUGCAACUUGCAGAUACAUGAAACCCAACCCCUUUUCAAUCUCAGAUUAGAUAGAACAAUGCAGGAUAUUGUGGCUAAAGUUGUCCCUGGCAUUCUUGAAGCUGAAGAGAAAAGAAGGCGGGAAUUUUAUGCUUCAAGAGGAAUGGUUGUAGAAAAACCUGCUCAGAGUAAUGGUGAUGAAAAUGAGAAUGAAAAGCCAACUAGGGAAACUGUGGUUAAAAGAGACUACUCUGAGGCUAAAAACUUGUACAGAGAGGAUGAGCAAGUUUCACUGUGUGUCGAGAAAUAUGAAGAGAGCCUAGAAGAAAAUGAAGAAGGGACAGAUAUUAAUGGACCAGCGACAACUGUGGGAACACUAAGUAAGAAAUACAUACGAUGUUCAGCUCGCAUGAUGGUGGUUCAACUUCAGAAGCUUUUGCGAUUGAAGCUCAAUAUUCCCCGUGAAAAAGAGGUGGAAAUUGUGUGUAAUGAACAUGUGAUUCAUCCAUUCAGAACCAUGAAGUUCAUUUGGAUAAGUGAGUGGUUGGGCAAGGCACCACCUAUGGUUUUACACUACCGUGUGCAUGACAUCUCCUAAGAACUGUCAUACUUUAAACGAGUCCUCGCAAGACGACACCUGCGCUGAAUGGAUGAUGCCUCAAUUAAACAAAGAAAAAGACAACGAAAAUGUCAACUUUGUAGGAUACGGAACAUCAGUGCAUAAAAAUUUUGAUAGUAAUAAUUGAGUUGUUCGCUCACCACGUUUUAUCUUCAGUCGUUGUUAUCAGAAGGACUGAUGUUGGCUAAGAAUGGAAUUUUCCUUUUGCUGUGGCCAGAGAAAACUCACGAUAAGCUCGAGUAUACUGCAAAUUUUGUUGGUUAACCUUCUUAAAGCUAGUAGUAUUCUUAUCUUCUGGAACAACAUGAGUGGAUCAGAAAAUGUGAGGCCAACAUGUCGUCACCAGUACCAUGGAGUCACGGACUGCACCGCCCAGUACUCUUUUGUGGGUAAUUGAUUAUCGAAAAUCAAUCGAUGCGUGCACGCUUAGAAUUUGUGAAAUACUCUUUUUUUGCCUUAAGCCUUUCUUAGUCUAAAUCUUGACCCAUGAAACGCGAAAGAAGAAUUUGGCCAAUACUCAGCCAUCUUGACCCAACAAUGAUGAUAAGUCAUACUUAGUCAUGCAUACGGCGUGGGUUUUUAACGAGCCGAGUGUCUUGUGGAGUUAAUACUUCGUAGACCACAGCAGCUUCUUUCGACCAACAGAUUUCACUCCUUUCGUUACAAGAAAUCCGUUGGUGCCGCGCAGACUCUGAGAACGAGCUCUCUGUUAAGUGAAAUGUGCCGACUUCUUCUUUUGACAUGCGUGACAGACUAAGCUGAUGAGGAACAACCUGCGAGCGGGCCCUCACCCUUAUUACCAGACCACUUGCAGGCCUCUCGCAGGCUUGCCUUUCCUACGGGAGCGGUAAUAAUAGCCUACGUUUAGGUGCACCCACCCCCCGUUCCCUCCCUUCUGUUUCUCCACGGGGGAGGGUGCUACGGUAAUAAUGAAGGCGGCCGGCUCGCGGGUUCGUAAGGUUAAGGAGAGGCUGAUCCUAGACAAAUACCCCAUUCACACCAGCAAAACAAAAUUAAAAUAAAUUUUAAACCGUGUUUAACAAAAAAAGCUUUACGUAUG